UGCCUUUCCUGCCGAUGUGAGGGUGUUGGUCUGCUCGAGUUUUCACACCAACAUUUGCAAAGAAAAUCGAUUUUAUUCCCACAUUCCGCAGUCUAAGAUGGCGUCGGCAACAGACCGGAGCAGCCCGUCGGCGGGUGACAUCAACCUGACCUGUCCGCUGUGCGAGCAGCACUACAAGAAACCCAAAGUCCUGUCCUGCCUGCACUCCUUCUGCCAGGCCUGCCUGGACAAGCAGCUCCAGAAGGAACCCGGCACCGCCCUCGCUUGCGACGUCUGCGAACAGGAGACCUCGCUCCCCUCGCAGGGGCUCUCCGGCCUUCCCGACGACUUCGUGGCCAGGAACCUCCUAGAAAACAUCCUCCUCAGCUCGGCUAACAUCGUCUGCACCAGUUGUACCAGCAAGUCUGCCGCGGUGUCGCGCUGCAUGGAGUGUGCCAGCUACAUCUGUCCUAACUGCGUGUCCGCCCACAACUGGAUGCUCUGUUUUCAGAACCACCACGUGGUCCCCCUGGAGGAGCUGCAGGGUACUGCAGGCAGGAGUGCCCUACAGAGACCAGUGUUCUGCACCACCCACCAGGGAGAGCCGCUCAAGUUCUACUGCAACACCUGCCAGGUCCCCAUCUGUAAGGAGUGCACCGUGCUGGACCACGCCAUCACCUCCCACAACUACGUCUACCUCACCGACCAGAACGUGGCGCUGGGCAACGGGCUGCAGACGCUGGUUGAACAGGGCAAGGAGAAGGCAGACAGUCUCAAGAAAAAGCAGGCGGCCUUGCAGGAUUCUGCUGUGCAGAUCGAGAAGCAAGGCGAGGAGGUCAUACAGCAGAUCAACGAGACGAUAGCCGACUUAAAUACAGUCCUCGAACAAUGCAAGGAAGAGCUGGUGGAAGAGCUGAAUGACUGGAUGGCCGGGAAGCAGGAGUCGCUGAACCAGCUGCAGUCUCACAUCCAGGACACCGUCGACAAGAUUAACCACGGGUGCAAGUUCACGGACAAUCUCCUCAGGCAGGGCAGCCACGUGGAGAUCCUCUCGCUCAAGUGUCAGGUGGAGACGCAGCUGCAAUCCCUCCUGAGGUUUAACCCCCAGCACAGGGCAGAGAUACAGUUCAGGGUGAACGCUGAUCUGCUGGAGCUCAUUGAGAAGGGGUCUAUCGGGUCCUUGAAGAGUGACGACCACGAUAAUGUGACGCAGCAGCUCGCUAGCGAGGAAGCCAGUCCAAACGAGAACGAAAACAGCCCGUCCAGAGGGUCAUCGUACUACUCAGAGUCGGGGUUCAGCGAUGGGUCGGGGGGUGGAAAGUCAGGGUCAAAGGUUGCAGGAGAUGUUGGCAACGCUGGUGCGGAGUCGGCGCCAGAGCUGCCACCCAAGGGAGCACAGCGGCUCCCGUUCGAGAAGACCAGAACUUUCUCCAUCCAUGACACCCCAGAGGAGAUCGUCAUUCCGCCUCAAGAUGAUAGCGAGGAGGAUGGAGAAAGCGUGGAAAGAAGGACGGGCUCAAAAUCCCGCAUCCCCGACGACCGGCGCCAAACCUUCAUCCUCAAGGACUCAAACCAGGUCGACGACCUCAUUCCAGUCGUUGGAGACAACAACGGGAACCGCUUCAAGGCAAACUCGCCAACGGGGUCGUUCAGAGGAGGGAGGGGGUCAUCAAACCCGGACCUACCACCCCGACCCCCUCCCAGAGCUCCCACGGGGAUGCAGAGGAAGCAAAACUACCAAAACGGCGGAUACAAGACCCACAACUAUUCUCACAGUGUCAGCAUGUCGUUGGAGUACCAGCUCGGCGGUUAUGGCCAGUCCCCUGGCCUCUUCAACCAGACCGGCGGCAUCGUGGUGAGCAGGUAUGGAGACAUGUACGUGGCCGACCAGGGAAACCACAGGAUUCAGGUCUUCGACAGUCGCGGGAACUUCAAGUUCCAGUUCGGUCGAGAAGGGAAAUUUGAUGGCUGCUUGGUGUACCCAAACCACUUGGCGAUAACUCCAGAUGGCAACAUCGCAGUCAACGAUCCUGGCAACCGCAGAGUACAGAUCUUUGCCCCGAACGGGGACUACUUGGGAAAGUUUAGCGUGGCGCACAUCAAAGGAGUGAAGGACAUAACGGUUAGUCACGAGGGACAGGUGUUGGUGCUGGACCACAACGCCAAGUGUGUUCACGUCUUCAACCAGCACGGGAACCUGCUGCAGAAGCUGGACCUGUACAAGCAGCUGCGCCUCCCGACCUGUAUUGCCACCACGUGGACAGGUGAUGUCAUCGUGGCCGACCGCAACCCCCACAGCAUCAAGAUCUUCGACCGGCGGGGAAACUUCCUGAAGCAGAUUCCUGUGAAGGGGUUCGGCUACUCCCCCGUGCGGCUGUGUGUGGACGCGCAGCAGAACCUGGUGGCCCUGCACCACAGCUACGGCUACUUCCACAUCACCGUGUUCCGCCCCGACGGGUCCACGCUCGUCACCUCUCAGGGAAUGAAGAAGAUGUUCUACGAUUUUGACAUGACGCCCGAUGGACAUCCGGUUGUCACGACAACGGACGAACACACAGUGUUGUACUUCAGCCAACUGGUCAGGACAGGCAGUAAGGAUAAAUUCCAACUGUAACUUAUAAGAAACAUGAACUCCAAAAUGGAUGAAGGAGUGAAAACUUUGUUGCUGUCGUCAAGGACAUCAUGCCAUUGUGCCAACUUGGGAAACUUUGCCCUGCAUUUUUUUGUGGAAAAAAUUAAAGUUGGGACACCAGAAAGCCUGAAAACUUUGUUGUCAUCAUCAAGGACAUCAGGCCAACUCUGUGCUAACUCGGGAAAACUUUGCCUCUUAAUUUUUUGUGGAAAAAAAUGGACACCAGUAGGCCUGGAGCUGACUUUACAAACAGAACUUUUAAACCGUCGUAGGUGUGUGGAAAAAAGUCCAUGUGUUGCAGUAGUAGGUAGGUGGGACAGAUUGGUUGGUUCAGUUUUGUUCAAUGUUCAAGUUUUACAAUUUGCUGCAUACUGUUGUUACUGGUGUCUAUCUGUGUUUAUUUUUUUAUAAGGGGUAAAACUUGAACUUGGUUUGAAGAAUCAUAUUUAUUUGGUUGUUUUGAUCUUAGUUCAAGUUUUUACAUUGUUGCAUUCUUACUACAUUUCUACAAGUUUGUUUUUAUGCAGUUUGAUUUUUCAUGGAGGAAAAAUUCGGUGUGACAAGUGUGCACUCUAAGUUGCGACUUUCUUCAUGAACAAAAUCACCAUAAUGAAUGAUAUGAUUCACAAUUUUAUAAGUCAGACAAAGAAGAAAGACGUGCAACAUUUGCUGUCCUUAAAUUUGUAAUAUCAUCACAUACUGGAUUCAGUCACAGUUCACAGUUGCAUUAGUUUAUAACCGUGCAUAGCUGAUAUUCUUCUGAGCUUUAUUCUUUACUUGCCACCUGUAAGAGGGUUAGCAAGCCAAGUGACGCAUUUCUGACAUACAUCUCCCUUUCCACAAGUGACCUUUGACAUUUUGAGAAAUAGGAUUGGCUUCGAAUUAGGAUAACUGUCUCAUAAGCUAACCAGCUUAGAAAAGCAGUUUUCUACUUCUCUUCAAGGAGAGGAUGAGUCUGUAAUAAUCUUCUUUUGGAGUUCGCUUCAGAUUUAAACUCAAAUGUUUGAUUUUGUGCCUGUAAAUUUCAUAACACCUCAGUUACAGGAAUGUGAAU